CCUGUAGCUGUCGUGAUGCACUAUGGGACGUUGGGUUGUGCUUCGCUCCAAUACAAGAUGGCUGACACUUGUUAGUAGUGUAUUUUCAUUUUAUCGAAUGUACAUUUUAUAAAAAAAUCAGUGCCUUCGUACUCACGUAUGGUGCGUGUAUGUUUGUACAAGUAGUAUAGAAGUGGUCUUCUUUUUUUUACCACGUAAUUUUCUUAUCAUGUAUUAUCAGGAGACAUCAAAAUGUGCCGUGAAAGUGCUAGGGGCAGAAUAAUUAUCCGUCACCAGCCAUAUUCAUAUGUGUUCUUUUGUUAUGACAAUUGUGAUAUAAUUCUUCUGGAAUAUAGUGCCAAGGUGAAGUGAUAUCUCGCUUUGUUGCGCUUUUACUCUGUCACUAGUGUUUCGUACAAGAUUCGUUCCGCUACGAAAUAGAUUAAAUGAAAGGUGAUACAGUCGUGCUGCAGCCGGGGCAGAGGUGAGGGGAGGCCAGGCGGAGAUCGAAGAAGGGAUGAAUGGAACGGCGGCGUUGCGACGCAGCGUCGGGGGUGGCGGAGGCGCCGCCGGGGGUGGAACCGUGGAACCAGCACCCGUUGCCACCCUCGUCGUCUACAAGGAUGAUGCCGGAUACGGGAUGAAAGUCUCCGGUGAUAAUCCUGUCUACGUUCAAUCUGUGAAAGAAGGUGGUGCAGCUGCGAGAGCUGGUCUUCACGCGGGCGAUAAAAUUAUCAAGGUUAACGGCGUGAAUGUAAUGCAGUCCACGCAUACGGAUGUUGUACAGCUCAUAAAGUCUUCGACGCAGGUAGUACUGACGGUACAGCAGAAGCCAGUUGCAACGAGCAGCGCGGCGACAACAGCCACGGGUCUACAAGUUGGUCUGGCGGGUGGACAUCAGCGACCAGUUAGUCUAUCAGCCGGUACCACGAUGGUAUCACCCUCGCAGCCGGCAACUUCCUUACACAGGGCAUCGACUGCUCCAGCAGCCGGUGCACCGUGUAAUGCACGUAUUACGGGACCUCAACCUGUUGAUCAUGAGAAAAAGCGGCAGCUGGAAACCCAGCGCGUUCAUACAUUCCAGCUUAUGUUGGAGAAAGAACAAAGUUAUGUUGAUAAGCUUCGGAGCGAACUCGCGAAAGCUAGUACUGGCAGUGGUAAUGUUAACGUUGUAGCACUACAAACAGAAUUAGCGGGCGCCGAAAGGAGAGUACGCACCCUGCAGGAACAGCUAGCUGCAAUUACAACCAAUGAACAGCUUUGCUCGUUGGUAACAAACACCUCGUGUUCCCCGGGUUAUUAUUCACCCUUGAGUAGUAGCAGUGGUGAUGUACCACCACCUCUACCAUCUCGUAAAUCCUUGUCCAUGCAAAGCCUGUCUCCGCCACCAUUGCCUCCCAGACCUCCGCCUACUACAAAUAUGCACCACGUAGCCCAGUUGGAGCUGGAGCGUCAUCUGUUGACUCAUUUAACGCCCUCAACCACCAGUCAUGGCAUACCUAACUCUCUUUCACAAGGUGCAAAUUUGGGUUCCUCAAAUUCACUUAAUAAGCACCAACGAACAAAAUCCAGUCCAGAACAACUGGGAACAACAAGUAUUUCUCCAUCAGAAGCUAGUAGACGUUUAAUAGCAUCAGAAUCAAUGAAUGAUCUUUCUCCUCCAAGGCAUGUAAGGCAUAGUGACAUUGAUAUAGAUGAAUUACCUCAUAUCACUCCUCCAGGAACUCCACCUCCACCAUAUCCAGUUGCUAGUCCAGGAAAUGAUACUUCGGGUUCUAUUAUUAAUGAUACAAUAUUAAAUGAAAUCAUUCCUGGACUGCCAACAUUACAGCAACCAAUUAUGUCAAUGGAAGAUGAUGAUAUGAGUGAUCAAGAAGUAGGACAAUUAGAAGAUCAUGGUCCAUUUAAAUCUUUGUCUCGAUUAUGGGGACAUCAUGCACACCUUGCUGUAUUUAUUAAUUAUGUUUUAUCAAACAGUGAUCCUUCCAGUCUGUUGUUCUAUUUAGUAACGGAUUUGUACAAAGAAGGCAAUGCAAAAGAAAUGAGGAAGUGGGCGUAUGAAAUUCAUUCUAGUUUUUUAGUACCUGGUGCACCUCUUCGUCUGCAUAAUGUAGACGAAAAUGUAGCACAUGAAAUAGAUGACGUUCUUUUGAAAGAAUCCGAUAAGGAAGAAAUUUUACGAAAAAUUUUUUGGAAAGCACGUACACGUGCAAAAGAAGAACUGAAUGAGCAACUUGCAGACUUUCAACAAAAGAGAACUGCUGGAUUAGGUACAUUAUUUGGUCCAAGUGACGCUCAAUUGGAUGAAAGUGCAUCUGAUAGGACGCGUGAAACAAAAAUCAUAGAAACGUACCUUUUACCCAAAAUGGAGCCUUAUUUAGAAGAUAUUGAAAAAGAACAUGUAGAUUUGCGACAAUUCACAACAGCAGCUGGUUUGGCAACAAUAUUAACAAAAAUUUUCCAAGUCCGGCCAGUAUCGCUUGACCGAGUACCUACUUUUGUCGCAAAAGAUAAGUCAAACCUCAAAGCGCGUUUGCUUACGGGGAAAACAAGAAAAAUGACAAUCAGGGGUCAUCAUUUUGUCGCUCAUCAGUACUUUACUAUUACUUAUUGUAAUCAUUGUCAACUUAUCAUUGGCGGAAUUGGACCUCAAGGGUAUUUAUGUAGUGAUUGUUCUCUAAGCGUUCAUCGCCAAUGUGUUCGUGUAGUAGAAGAAAAUUGUCCAGGACCAUUGGUUAGAAAAGAAAGAGGUAACGAUCGUAUAAGUAAAUUGAUGGAACGUAUUAGGCCUGAAAGGAAACCACCAUCAUCACACCAUCAUCAUUCUCAAAAUCACAUGCUUCAUGUUGAUAAGAUUAAAAGGAGCGAAGAAGAUACUGGUGCAUUGACUGAUGGUGAAAAUGGAGAACAUCGCGGGGGCGUUAUAGCCGGAAACGCGCGUAGUAGUAGCGAAAGAGGACGCAUUUCCGCUUACAGCGGAGCCUCUGAUCACGCCGAUAGUAUGGACAAUCCUUCCUCGCGGGAAGAUAUUUCUGAAAUGGUCCAGCAAAAUAUUUCCAGUAAGCCAAAGACGUCAAACAUAAACAGGUCUGAAAGUUACAAGGAGCGGAUACAUCACAAGCGACAGCUACGAGAAAAGAGGAAGACCAGCGAUCCAAACCUGUCCAAAACAAAGGCUGGUUUCAGUGACUGCGAACAAGCUGGGACAUUCCCCGGGAAUUCAGCGGGUAGUUCGUCGAACAGCAGCUUGUCGACGAGAAGUUUGGACAGUCCGAGUACCAGCCUGGAGCAGGUACACCCAGCCACUUCUGCGACCAACACAUCGACCUCGUGGGACAGCGAUGUUGAUGUCGAACCAGAUCCACCCGAUUGGAGCCAAGGCGUUGCCGAGGAUGUACUCGCGCGCCUCAGCAACGCGGAGAAAAAGCGACAAGAAGUUAUCAAUGAACUCUUUCACACGGAGCGAUCUCACGUGCGGGCGCUGAGAGUAUUGUCACACGUCUUCCACAAGCCGCUCCUCGAAUCUCAAGUACUUCCGUUAGACCAAAUACAGUUACUAUUUUCCAAUUUAGACGAAAUGGUAACGAUUCAUUCGCGCUUCAAUCAAGCGAUGAAACGCAAGAAGAAAGAGAACCCGUGCGUUGGCGAUGUCGGCGAUCUUCUUUUAGAGAUGUUCGACGGCGAGAACGGAGAAACCUUCGAGAGAGCCGCAUCCACCUACUGCGCGAAACAGCAAGUAGCUCUGGAUGCUCUGCGAGAUCGUCGUCGCAAAGAUCCGAAAUUAAAUUCCUUCCUGAACGAGAUCGAGGCCAAUCCCCUUUGUCGAAGAUUACAGCUCAAAGAUCACAUCCUGACCGGGAUGCUUCGAUUGACUAAAUAUCCUCUACUCUUUGAGAAUUUGGCGAAAUACACGCCGGACAGCAAUGAAAAGGAGAGAGCCGCAGUUUUGCGAAGCCUCGACCGAAGUAAGGAGAUUCUCAGUUGUGUUAACCAAGCGGUACGCGAGGCUGAGGAUUAUCAAAGGUUGGCAGAAAUCCAACGUACAAUUGAUAGAUCCGCGUUCGAUAAAUUCGAUCAUCCGACCGUACAGGAAUUCAAGAAUCUGGACAUCACGAAACGUAAAUUAAUCUACGAGGGUCCAUUACAAUGGCGUAGAACCGAGCAAAACCGAGCGAAACCGGUUGAUUUGCACGUAGUGCUGCUCGAUGACACAAUACUCCUGUUGCAUCGACAGGACGAAAAGUACCUGCUGAAAUUCAUCAACCCAAAUCAAGCGAACUCGGUGUUGAGCCCUAUUGUGAAAGUAUCCACCGUUCUCGUUAGGCAUAACGCCGUGGAUAAAAAUUCUCUCUACUUGGUCAACACAUCGCAAAAUGGAGCGCAAAUUUACGAUUUGGUCGCAGCUUCGCCUGCAGAACGAAAGCAAUGGUUUAAGCACAUCUCCGAGGCAGCUGAAGCGUACAAGGCUCGUGAUAAGCAAGGUAGAAGACCUACUCCACCUACUACACUGCCAGAAGAACCUGGACCUACGAUCGAAGAUCCUUCUUCAAUGGAACACGACAAUAUUCCUAAUAAAACUGAUCAGGAACAGGAACACGAAUCGGAGACAAAGGAAUCCGUGCAAGAUACUAGCACGGAGCAAGAAGAAUCGCCUAAUACUCCUGGACCUGAAAUCUCAAGGACUGAUCAAACGAAACAACAACAAUUACACUCGUCUGAACAAUCAACGACAGUUACAGGAGAACCAUUACGAUUGGUCACUUGCACACAAGCAUCGUUAAUCGAUCCGCUUGAAGUUCACGUAGAAGUACCACCUGUACAUGUUGCGGAACCGGUGCUUACACCAAUAGAAUGUCUUAGAAGAAAAGAUGAGAUAAUUAAACAAGCUUUAAUCGAAAAACAGUUAUUAGUAGCAGAUAUAUUAAAUAUUCCGAAAGAAGAUUUCGAACAUGUAGCAGACAUGGCGUCCGAACCAUCAAGCAUGGAAAAAGAACCUGCUGAACUUAUACUCGCUGCUAUUAGUCAAGCGAAUCAAUUGGUAGGAAUGUUAAAUUCUGCAUUAAACGUGAGUGAAACGGAAACUGUUCUUGCAUCGCGUGGAACCUCGACAUUAGCAACACCACCAAGUUGCGAAGCGACUGGCUGUCCAUCAUCACGAAUGCAUUUUCAUCCUCAGCAACCAGCGAUAUCCAUUGCAAGUUUACAACCAGUGUGUCACUCUUUAACCUCCCAAUUGUCACAAUUACUGGAAAUUAUAAAAGAGAGGGAGGAGGAACGGGAAACACUAAGAAAAGAAUUACGCAGAAGCAGAGAGCGUCUUCAUGCUUUUGAUGCAGAUAUGCAACGUCGUGAAUUUUCAGAAACAUGCACCGCAUCAAGCCAAACGGAACCCAGUGAAAUUUUAAAUACGGAUAGCAGUAUUGAUGAUCCCACUCGUGAUGAAUUUGUAGAUGCACGUGGUGAAUCCGAAACAAAUGAAGAAUCAGAACACAUGGAACAUGAAACAGAAACAAUAGUAAUGGGGGAUAGUGUUGGUUGAAACGUGCAUAACAUUGUAUUAAAUAAUGUCGACCAGGUGCAUUUCACGAGCAAGAUCGUUUCCGAAUGCUCAUACUGGAAGAAAUCAAAAUUAUGUAAAAAAUGACAAAUGGCGAGUAGCUGUUUAUGGAAUACAAUAAUAUUAGAUACAUAUUUACAGAUGGGUCAAUGAUUAAUCAUACCUUUGCCAAAGAUUUUAUGUAACUGGAUCUACAUGACGUAAUAACAUAUGCCCAUACGUCGUAUUAUAUCGAUGACUGGAAAUUACAUCUACAAUUUUUUAUUGCCAGUAGUAUAACGAUGCAAUUUCUGAAAUAAUAUGGUGAAGGAAAUGUUUUCGAAAAAAGUAAAGAGAACUCGAAAUAGAUUGCUAAAUUUACUCAAGUUUAAUCUCUCUACAAUAUAUACAUAAUUACGCAGAUUAAUAAUUUAAGUAGGAGCUUUAUAUGAUUAUUGAAGAAUUCUUUUACUGUGGAUUAUUUUAAAAUCUACACUGUUAUAGUAUUCUGACGAUACUUAUUACUGUAUAGAAGUUGUUACACCGUGUCUUACAUGACGUCGAUUUCUAUAAGAUAUUGUUUUAUAUAUAUCAAUUUGUAUACUGAAAAUCUUUCCUUAAGAUGCUUUUUAGGAAACAAGUCAAUUCUUUCGAAGUUACUUUAAAAUACUUAUUGUUAGUGCAUUUUAUACAGAAACAUUUAUGUAAUUGUAUUGUACGCCUUUAGAACAAUUUAAUCGUUCAUCUCGAGAAACAUACUUUUUGUGAUCUGAUACGGCAUAUUUGGAACCAGCUGUGUUAUUAUAAUAAUCUAAUAGUUAUGACAUAUAAUUUGCAUUUAUCUAAAGAUAUAUAACCAGAAGAUACGUCGAUAUUUCAACAUAUACAGAAUAACAAUUCUCGACGCUAUAUUAUUAUUGAAUAACACUUUCACGUACUUUCCUUAUAUUCUGUGACCAAAUGUUCAGGAUAUUUAAUCCAGAGGCGCAAAUGACGAUUUUAAAUCGGUUUUCUAAAUCGUAUAAAGUAAAAAGCAAAUGUGUUUGUAUUCUAAUAUUUAUUAUUAUCAUGACUAUAAUUAUUAUUAUUGAAAUUAUUGCUGCCUUUAAGUAUUAUUUUUACAAUUUAUAGUAAUUUUAAUAAUAAUAAUUUAAUAACUACAAUCGAUAGAAGAGAACUUAAAACAAUGUGAAAGCCAAUUCGAAAAGAAGUUACUACUAAGAAAAAGAAGAAAAAUAGCUGAAUCUCAUAGAAUGCUAAGGAACAACUCAAUUCUAUAUUUUUAUUAACGUAGUUUACAUUAAUAAUAUGUUGAAAGUACUGAAAUUUCGAUCAAUAAAUUUCUUAAAAACUUUAUUCUUAAAUUAAGAAAUAUUAAGUUAAAAGAUAUAUUUAAGUUUUAAAAGAUAGAAAAACUAUUAAAUUAUUAAAAUUUAUAUAACUAUAUUAAUACAAUGUAUUAAUAUUGUGCAAUGUAUUUCAUUAUAUCGUUUUUGUACAGUAUAUUAAUACAGUGUAUUAAUUCAUAUUUUUCUUUCAUUUCUUUUAUCGAUAUUUUCUUGUUUAAUUUCUUGUUUUUUUUCCGACUUUUUUAAUCUUUUUCUUAAACGUAUAACAUGAAAAACAUGAGCAUUUAACUUGUCACAAAAUCUAAUAUAAUGAAUUAGAAAAUUAUGUUUACAAAGAUAAUUAAAAUCUUUUAAAACGUACAUUACUAAUAACAAAGUUGUAAUAAAAUUCAAACAAAUAUUUGAAACCAAAUCAUUGUAAAUAAUAAGUAAUCCAUAAAGUAUAAAAUUAAUCUGUAUUAUUAUCUAUCUUGUUGCAUUAAAUUAUGAGUUGUAUAAAACUGCAAAUCAUCUUACUCCUCUUACAAUAAAAGAUUUGCACAUUUUAGUAAA